UUUUGUGAUGCGGCUAAACACAGAUUUAUUGGAUUUUAUAAUAACUGUAUGCAUCAGUGCUUAUGUCUUCGACCUUUCUUUUAUUGACAUGGUACGGUUAUAGUGCAUGUCUGGUACUGGUGAUAGGAUGUAACAGAAAUGGUUGUCGAGUUACAGAAGAUUUUGAAUUAGUUGAAUGGUGAAAAAGAAAAAGAUGCUGAGAGUUGGAUAGCUGAACGUGUACUGUGGCCUUCUGUCAACUGUUGAUCAAUCUAUGCUUCUUGCUGUCAACUGUUGAGCAUUCUGUUCUACUUCUUGCUGUCGACUGUUGAUCGUAUGGUCCUGCUGUCACCUGUUCAGCAUUCUAGGUUACCAUCUUCUGUUGACUGUUGAGCAUACUGUAAUGCUGUUGACUGUCAACAGUUAAGCAUGCUGUAGACGUAUGUUGACAUUUUAUCAUCACUGUUCAGACGGAUGCUUCACACAUACCUACAUCAAAGUUUAUAACGUAUACCAUAGUUUCGCACUCAGGAAAUGAAUUAUAAAUGUUUACAAGUGUUUCAGUUAAAAGAAUUUUAUUGAAGGAGAAAUUGAAUACACCAUUAUGUGAAGGAUCAAGACAAAGUUUUACUUGUAUCGUUUUCAGGAGUGUUGAAACAGGAUGGAUUUUAAGUAACUUUUUAAAGUUUAACAGCAAUUUACCACAGGAUGGCAGUUAGUACAAAAAAUAGUGUGGAAUAGGUCAACAAAAUACUUUUGGAUCUUUUAAAUAGAAAAGGCACCACGUUUGCAGAUUUUAUCUGUAGGUCUUUAAUGUGUUGUGGUGUUAUUUACAGAGAAUUAAUACUCCAAUUUUGUGGAGAUUUUGUUCUACAGAGCAAGUCUGAACAGUAAGGAGAUUUCGUCUGGGGAUAAGUUGGUUUUUUCAAUUUUUAGAGAUUAAUAGAAGAAAAGGUCAACAUUUGGUGGAGAUAGUCAGUGGAGAAAUUCUCCAUUUAGUGGAGACUGUCAGUGGAGAGACGAUCUCCAUUUUGUGGAGUUUGUCAACCAUUUAGUGGAGAUUGUUAAUAGAGAAAGUCACCAUUUGGUGGAGACUGUCAGUCGAGAAGUGAAUGUAGGUUAUCGUUAGGUGGAGAUUGUCAGUGUAGAAGUUGUUCUUCAUGUAACUCUAUUGUUAGGGGGAGGAGAAGUUGCACACUGAAGAUGUUGGUGAAGGAGUAUCGUAUAUCACUGCCCAUGAGUGUGGAAGAGUAUAGAAUAGCUCAGCUUUAUAUGAUACAAAGAAAGAGUCGAGAGGAGAGUCAUGGUGCAGGUAGCGGAGUAGAGAUUAUAACAAACCAGCCGUACACAGAGGGACCAGGGGGAAGUGGCCAGUACACAUAUAAAAUAUACCAUAUUGGUAGUCAUCUUCCAGGAUGGUUUCGAGCAAUUUUGCCGAAGUCAGCAUUACGCGUAGAGGAAGAAGCCUGGAACGCAUAUCCUUACACGAAAACACGAUACCGGUGCCCAUUUGUCGAGAAAUUUGUCCUCGAGGUGGAAACAAGAUACCUCAACGAUGGUGGAGACUUAGAGAAUAUUUUUGGUCUUUCACCCUCUGAAAUGAAGGAAAGAACACUCGAUUACAUUGAUAUUGUGAAAGACAGCAUCUCUAGCGGUGACUAUCGUAGGGAGGAAGACCCUAAGAUAUUCCAGUCCAAAACGACAAAACGUGGUCCGCUAAACGAUAAUUGGCGGGAAGAGUACAGUCGGGCGAGCAAAGUUGAUCCGGACAAGAAAAUUAUGACAGCAUAUAAGCUGUGCAGGGUAGAGUUCAAAUACUGGGGAAUGCAGACAAAGAUUGAAAGGUUUAUUCAUGAUAUAGGAUUACGUAAGACUAUGUUGAGAGCCCACAGGCAAGCUUGGUGCUGGCAAGACGAAUACCACGGGCUAAAGUUAGAGGAUAUUCGUAAACUGGAGUAUGAGACUCAGCUUGCUUUACAAGAAACAAUGGCUGCAGUCAGUGAAAGUGAAGACUUUGUACAAAAUAACGAAAGUUCAAAAUCAACGAAUAAGAAAACAGAAACAAUUGAUAAUUUUACAACAAGUAAUGACUCAAAACAUUCAUCUAGUCCGAAGAUUCCAGUUUCAAAAUCUAAUAACGGACUUCAAGAAGUGCAUAAAAAAUCGGGAAGUCCUGCUCCUUCACAAACUUCAAAACAUUCCGGAAAGUCAAGAAGCAAGCAGCAACUGUCGAAAUCAAAAACAUCACUAGAUUCUAGUCAAGUAUCUGAUUGGAGGUUUCAAAGUCUUGAACAACUGCAAGAGUCAAGUUCAGAUGAAGAUGAAUUCUAUGACGCCCAAGAGUAUGUAGGCAUCGAGAGCGAAAGUCCAAGCGGUCUUUGUGAUGAAAUAUUCAACUCUGAUUUAGAAUAUUCUGAGUCAGAAACACUUUCUGAAUGGGAGGGGCUUGGAGUAAAGUCGUUAUCCAUGGAAACUCUUUCUGUUUCAAAUGAUGAGUUUGCAGAUGCCAGAUCCCAUCUGUCCUUUGAUCAAGAGUCUCAUGGUAGUCGGCGUUUUGAGAAGCUGUGUCAGAAAUACAGCUUGGAGACUGGAGGAUACGAAAAACAUGCUCCAGUGCCCCCCUUGUGUAAAACUAAUACUCUCUUUCUUGUUAUACAUGGAGGAAGCUUACUUGACCCAGCCUUUGACCAUUUUAAUGCAUCAAAGAGAAGUGAUUACAAUACUCUAAAGGCAACAUUUGAUACUGUCAUUAAAUCAAGUUACCCGAGUGCUAAAGGACAUAUCGCCCUCAGACUUGUGCCAUGUCCGCAGAUCUGUUCAGAGGCUCUCAAUGUUCUAUCAAGCUUAAGUCCAUUUGGAUUUGAUGCCAUGACACCAAAUUCUGGUGAGGGUGCUCUCCCCUGGAGUCAAGAGUUUGUUCCCCUGGGAGCAGUAGGUCUGUUCUCCGUGUGCAGUCCAGACUACCAAGAUCAUGUCAAUUCUGUCAUAGCCAAAGCGAACCUUGUAUUCAUGGAUUUCCUGCAGUCAGACGAGGGGAAAGGCUUCAACGGCCAGGUUUGUAUUCUGGCAGAUGCCACUGGUUCAGUGUUGACCUAUGAUGCCUUAACUCGGUCACGCUCCCUUCUCGGUCGCAGUGAAAGUCAUCAUGGCAGUCAUUCUAGCGACUUAAACCAGGACUUUGAUCUGAGCGCCUCUAUGGGCAGUACACAUACCCUGUGUGAAAACGAAAAAGACACAACUAUCAAGGAACAAGAUGAUACGGUUAUUUUAAGACACAAACCUCCAGCGAAAAGUGACACUUUAAAAAGUGAAGGUGUACAGACGGAUUCCAAAUCUGUUGUUGAAAGCAGUAAAUCGGGUAAAUCAGAAAUAUCAGAUAAACAGAAUAAAUCCUCGGAACAAGAGGUUACUAAACCUACGGUACGAAAAAUGGACAGUGUUCCUAUAGAAUCCCGCCAUAAUAGUGUGAGAUUACAAGUGACUCGUUCAGUAGAGGCACCGUGUGAUUUAGUGAGGAGGACUAGUGGUGGAAGCCAGUAUGAAUCACUGAAAUUUGAGUUUGAGGUGGCCGAUUUCUUCAUGCUUGGAUCACCGUUAGGGCUAGUUCUUGCAUAUAGGAAGAUGUUUGCUGGAGAAAAAUCUGGCACACCUCAGCGACCAGACUGCCAGCAGAUGUACAACUUGUUUCAUGCUAGUGAUCCUUCUGCCCUCCGACUGGAACCAUUGUUAAAUUUUGUGUUUCGCCAAAUCCCACCCAUCAAAAUAGCUCGAUAUAACAAGUUUCCUAUGGGAGAUGGAGAAUCUAUUCAGAUAGUUGAGACUGUGUGUCACUACAUUCACAUGUUCCUCGACCAGCUUGUCGAUCAGGCUGGGACUGGAUCCCAGCUUCUGGUCUCGUUACAACGUCAAGCCAGUGUCACAAGCACGUGCAGCCAGCUAACGGCCAUGUCUGCUCACGGGAACACGUUUUCUAACAUUGCAAAUGUAAGCAGUCAGUGGUGGGGAAGUAAAAGGUUGGAUUACAUGUUGUACUGUCCAGAGGUUCUGCAUUCAUUCCCAGUACGGGCACUGCCGCCAUUGUUUCAUGCAAGUUUCUGGGAGUCUACAGAUGUCGUAUCAUUUGUUUUAAGACAGGUUCUUCAGCAAGAUUUUGGAAUGUCAUUUGAAGAAGAUCUCACGUCACAGACGAUGUCUGCUGCGGCAGCAGAAGGACAGCCCAAGGAGAAAUGGCAGAAGAGAAGAACUAUGUACAAAGUCAGGAACCUACAGCCAAACCAUAGAGGAAAUGAUGUGUUGGUGCUAGAGGACCGUCAACAAGUACUGUCAGCAAAGUUUAUGUAUGGACCACUAGAUAUGACAUCGCUGUCUGGAGAGAAGACAGACAUACAUGUGAUGUCCGCCUCAGGGGAAUGGACGUAUAUGGGUACGGAGAACACAGACGGUCAUGGUCGACUGACAUACACAAUCCCACCAGAGAAACGACUUAGUCAAGGAAUACAUCCUGUCAAAAUGGUUGUACGGGUAGAUCAUACAACAACAGAUUUAUUUUUAGCAGUGCUACCUCCACGUACAGAGACAGUUAUAUUCAGUAUUGAUGGCUCUUUCACUGCCAGUGUUUCUAUAAUGGGUAAAGAUCCAAAGGUUAAACCAGGAGCUGUUGAUGUAGUAAGACAUUGGCAAGAGCUAGGGUAUCUAAUUCUAUAUGUGACAGCUAGACCUGACAUGCAGCAUAAUAAGGUUGUAGGUUGGCUGGCCCAGCACAACUUUCCACAUGGCAUGGUUGCUUUCAUGGACGGCUUCUCUAAAGACCCUCUACGACAGAAGUUCAACUAUCUUAAAAACAUACAGUCAGAGGCAAGUUUGAAGUUCCGAGCAGGUUAUGGCUCUAGUAAAGAUGUAAAUGGAUACAGGGACCUGGGAUUGUCCAAGGAACAAAUCUUCAUUGUUGGAAAAUCAAACAAGAAACAACAGAAUCUUGCUACGUUUAUGACAAGUGGCUAUGCUGCACAUCUAGAGUUUCUCAUGAGCCCUGGGGGUUCUCGACCAGCGAGUGGAAAUGCUGUAUUCUUAUUACGUAAAACUUGCUUCAGUCUUCGGACAUCUGAAAAACGUGGAUCAAAACAUAGGUCAUCGAACGCAUCAACAUUAAGUGGACAGUUGGAAAUCCCGGGUGUUUCUCGUCCAGAAAGUGGGGCUGGUCCCCAAACAUUGAUUACAGUAAGCGAUCAGGGAAAUACGCUUCUGCAGCCAGUGCAGCCCAGUUUUGGAGCAGCGGUACGAGCUAGGGGUACAUCACCACGACCAAAAAUGUCCCUUGAUGCACAUAGAUAACUUAAGCUUUAUUUCAUUGCAGAUAUAUAUAUAUAUAUAUGUAUCACAUAUAUCUGUGGGAUAUUUGACUUCCACUUCAAUGAUUUUUGCAUAAUUUUAAUGGUGCAUAAGUUUUAUACUCAUUUUUAGCUUACCUGUCACAAAGUGACAAGGUGAGCUUUUGUGAUCGCGCAGCGUCGGUCGUCCGUCCGUCAGUGCGUCCGUGCGUAAACUUUUGCUUGUGACCACUCUAGAGGUCACAUUUUUCAUGGGAUCUUUAUGAAAGUUGGUCAGAAUGUUCAUCUUGAUGAUAUCUAGGUCAAGUUCGAAACUGGGUCACGUGCCAUCAAAAACUAGGUCAGUAGGUCUAAAAAUAGAAAAACCUUGUGACCUCUCUAGAGGCCAUAUAUUUCACAAGAUCUUCAUGAAAAUUGGUCAGAAUGUUCACCUUGAUGAUAUCUAGGUCAAGUUCGAAACUGGGUCAAGUGGGGACAAAAACUAGGUCAGUAGGUCUAAAAAUAGAAAAACCUUGUGACCUCUCUAGAGGCCAUAUAUUUAAAAGAUCUUCAUGAAAAUUGGUCAGAACGUUUAUCUUGAUGAUAUCUAGGUCAAGUUCGAAACUGGGUCACGUGCCGUCAAAAACUAGGUCAGUAGGUCAAAUAAUAGAAAAACCUUGUGACCUCUCUAAAGGCCAUAUCUUUCAUAGGAUCUGUAUGAAAGUUGGUCUGAGUGUUCAUCUUGAUGAUAUCUAGGUCAAGUUCGAAACUGGGUCACGUGGGGUCAAAAACUAGGUCAGUAGGUCUAAAAAUAGAAAAACCUUGUGACCUCUCUAGAGGCCAUAUAUUUCAUGAGAUCUUCAUGAAAAUUGGUCAGAAUGUUCAUCUUGAUGAUAUCUAGGUCAAUUUCGAAAGUGGGUCACGUGCCUUCAAAAACUAGGUCAGUAGGUCAAAUAAUAGAAAAACCUUGUGACCUCUCUAGAGGCCAUAUUUUUCAUGGGAUCUGUAUGAAAAUUGGUCAGAACGUUUAUCUUGAUGAUAUCUAGGUCAAGUUCGAAACUGGGUCACGUGCCGUCAAAAACUAGGUCAGUAGGUCAAAUAAUAGAAAAACCUUGUGACCUCUCUAAAGGCCAUAUCUUUCAUAGGAUCUGUAUGAAAGUUGGUCUGAGUGUUCAUCUUGAUGAUAUCUAGGUCAAGUUCGAAACUGGGUCACGUGGGGUCAAAAACUAGGUCAGUAGGUCUAAAAAUAGAAAAACCUUGUGACCUCUCUAGAGGCCAUAUAUUUCAUGAGAUCUUCAUGAAAAUUGGUCAGAAUGUUCAUCUUGAUGAUAUCUAGGUCAAUUUCGAAAGUGGGUCACGUGCCUUCAAAAACUAGGUCAGUAGGUCAAAUAAUAGAAAAACCUUGUGACCUCUCUAGAGGCCAUAUUUUUCAUGGGAUCUGUAUGAAAGUUGGUCUGAAUGUUCAUCUUGAUGAUAUCUAGGUCAAAUUCGAAAGUGGGUCACAUGCCUUCAAAAACUAGGUCAGUAGGUCAAAUAAUAGAAAAACCUUGUGACCUCUCUAAAGGCCAUAUUUUUCAUGGGAUCUGUAUGAAAAUUGGUCUUAAUGUUCAUCUUGAUGAUAUCUAGGUCACGUUCGAAACUGGGUCAACUGCGGUCAAAAAC